AUGUCUGUGGAGGUGAAGAUCCAACCAGCUGAACAACCCCUGGCGAGUCCAAAGGCUGAGCCAAAGGCUGAGAAGUCAGAGCACAAGCCAAGAAGCCAAGGGGUCGAAGGGCCACAGAGAGGACCUGUGGUCCCAGGGGUCGUGGAUUUCAAGGUGGUCUACGAGAAAUUGAGGACCGUCAAGCCCGAAAUUCCUGGCACCUAUCGCUUCGGCCGCCUCAGCCACAACUCCUUUUUCUCCCGGCAUCACCCUCACCCCCAUCGUGUGACCCACAUCAAAGAUUUCAUGGGGAAACCUGUCUGCGUCGUCAAGGACAAACUCUCUCUGGCUUCCUUGCCUCAAACUCCACCCCUCUCCCCCUCUCUGAUGAAGAUGCCUACCCUCUUUGUCCCCAUUGGAGACCCACAGUCCAAUCGGGACCCCCGGCUUUCUUCAGAGGCCUGGAAGAAGGAGUUGAAGAACCUGGCUUCCCAGGUGGUCAUCUACACCAAGGAGAAAGAGCCGAAGAACAAAGAGGAGGAGGUGCCUCAGCGGGAGCAGGGUGCAAAGUACUCUGCAGAGACUGGGAGGCUCAUCCCUACUUCCUCCCGAGCCCUUAGCACCCGCCACUCCCGCCAGGGCCGAGGGAGCCACCCUUCAAGCAGAGAUGGCGUCCAGGCCUACGUCCUACAGAAUCCGGAGCUGCUGAUCUUGGAGCUCCUUUGUCAGAUCCUGCAGACAGAUUCAUUGAGUGCUAUCCAGUUCUGGCUCCUCUACUCUCCUCCCAAGGAGAAAGCAUUGGCGCUGGGGCUCCUGCAGACAGCAGUGGCUCAGCUCCUUCCCCAGGGCCUAGACUCCAUCCCGACAGAAAAACUGCUAAGCCAGCUCCAGGACGUCCAGGAACCACCUCCAGAGACGCAACAGCCAAACUACAGCCUGUCCCCGAUGAAGUCAAAGACACCGCCUCUACCAAAAAGCGAGACACCAGAGUACAUCGGGAAAGCACAAGUUCUCCGGGUGCAUCCAAGCCAGAGCUCAGAAGAGAAAGUGGUGAAGGCAGAGUGCUGA